AUGGCCCCUCCUCCAAAGCCAGGCCUUGCAUGCAAACUUUGGUCCCCAACGAACAACAAAUGCGUGUCCAUGAAUAGCGAGAGAACAGGUGCUGAGAUCUGCGGAUACUGCCGAACACUAGACCCAUGUGUAUUAAUGACAUUGAUUGCGCCCGACGACAUGGAAGGCCUCAGCCAGCUAGAUGCGAUAAGGAAAUCUCGAGAAGCAAAAGAGGUAGCUGCUUGUGAGCAGGAUUUACUUAUCUGCGCAAUGGAGAAUCCGAGUUUUGAGGGCGAGGAAUGGCGUUUGGCUUUCAGGCCCAAGCAGAAGAACAAGGCGUGUCUGUUGCUCCAGCAGCCUGGCCUCGACGAGUACUGCCUAUGCAAAGCGUGCAUUGUAAAUGAAAAGGGGUCCGUGUGGUGGGAACGCUGGGUCCGAGACAUGGAUUUUCUCUCAACGCCGGAGUUCCGGAUCAAGUUCGAGUGCAUUUGGGCGGAUGAUACUUACAAAGAAGAGACAUGGAGAGCGCUUUUGCUGGACAAGGACGGAAAGAGAAAGAAUUCAUGUAGUGAAGAAAUUCCUGCAAAAAUGCCGGGUAGCAUGUGCCAUGAAUGCUUUUGGGCAUUCAAGGAAUUGGAUGAUGGUGCCGUGUGGGAAAGUUUCCUUGAUGUAUUCUGGUAUAAUGGCUGUUUGAGAAGCAUGUACGAGAGGGACCCGGGUCUACUAGUUGUCGUGUGA